AUGAGUCUCGACAUUACCAUCACGGGGUGGCAGACGCGCGACGUGCGCUUUCCCACUUCGCUAGACAAGACUGGCUCUGAUGCCAUGAACGCUGCCGGCGAUUACUCCGCCGCCUACUGCAUUCUCGAGACCGACUCCAAGUUUGCUGGGCACGGCAUGGCAUCAAUUGAUUACCUCGUCGAGAGAGUAAAGGGCAAGAAGUUGUCGGAUCUUGUCUCAAAUUGGGGCAAGACCUGGAGGUAUCUCGUCAAUGACAGCCAACUGAGGUGGAUCGGCCCUGAAAAGGGCGUCAUCCACCUGGCUCUCGGCUCCGUUGUCAACGCCAUUUGGGACCUGUGGGCCAAGGUCCUCGGCAAGCCCGUCUGGCGCAUUGUUGCCGACAUGAGCCCCGAAGAGUUUGUUGCCUGUAUCGACUUCCGCUACAUCACCGACGCCAUCACCCCCCAGGAGGCCAUCAAACUCCUCAAAGAACAAGAGCCUACCAAGGCCCAGCGCAUCAAGGACGCCGAGAACAGCCGCGCCGUCCCAGCUUACACCACCAGUGCCGGCUGGCUCGGGUACGGCGAGGACAAGAUGAAGGGCCUGCUACAGGAGACCCUCGGCAAGGGUUAUCGUCACUUCAAGCUCAAGGUUGGCAGCAGUGUCGAGCAGGACAAGAGACGUUUGAGCAUUGCACGCGAGGUCAUUGGCUACGACAGCGGCAACAUCCUCAUGGUUGACGCCAACCAGGUCUGGUCUGUACCCGAAGCCAUUGAGUACAUGAAGGAGCUCAAGGAGUUCAAGCCCUGGUUCAUCGAGGAGCCCACCUCCCCCGAUGACAUCCUCGGCCACAAGGCCAUCCGUGAAGCACUGAAGCCCUACGGCAUCGGCGUGGCCACCGGCGAGAUGUGCCAAAACCGUGUCGUUUUCAAGCAGCUGCUCAUGUCAGGAGCCAUCGACAUCUGCCAGAUCGACGCAUGCCGCAUGGGCGGUGUCAACGAGGUCCUCGCCGUCUUACUGAUGGCCAAAAAGUACAACGUCCCCAUCGUGCCUCACUCGGGUGGUGUCGGUCUCCCCGAGUACACCCAGCACCUGAGCACCAUCGACUACAUUGUCGUCAGCGGCAAGCGCUCUGUUCUGGAAUAUGUCGACCACCUCCACGAACACUUCCUCAACCCCUCCAUCAUCAAAGACGGAUAUUAUCAGACCCCUACGGAACCUGGCUAUAGUGUUGAGAUGAAAGCUGACAGCAUGGACAAGUUCAGUUACCCCGGCAAGUCCGGCGUCAGCUGGUGGACCAGCGAUGAGGCCAAGCCUAUUAUCGAGGGAGAGAAGAUCUAA